AUGACGGACCCAGUCAACCUCGAACCCAUUCCGGCACUUCAGGACUCGUACGUCUUCCACUCUCAGCUACCGCCUGAGGCAGCGCCGGGGAGCGAUGCGAACAAGGGCGGGUGGAUCAUGGGUAUCGACGAGGCUGGGCGAGGACCCGUCCUUGGACCGAUGGUGUAUGCCUGCGCGUUCUGCCCGAUGUCGUUCAAGCCGACACUCGAGGGACUCGGCUUCGAUGUGCGACAGUCUCUGUGGGAGGCAUUCGAUGUGCACCCCGAAUUGUGCUACUCUUCAUCAACUCUGGCUCCGCAAGCCAUCUCGGCCGCCAUGCUCCGCAAGGUUCCCAUCAACCUGAAUCAGCAGGCGCAGGACGCGACGAUGGGGUUGAUCCGAGCGGCGCUCGACCGGGGGAUCAACGUGCAGGAGCAGUGCUUCGUCGACGCCCUAGGCCCAUCCCAGGUAUGGCAAGACAAGCUGUCUGCCGAAUUCCCGACGAUCAAGUUCCUUGUAUGCCCGAAGGCCGACUCGCUGUUCAAGAUCGUCGGCGCGGCGUCGAUCGUCGCGAAAGUCACGCGCGACCGGUACAUUGAGGGCUGGGUCGAUGCUGAGGGUCCGAUGCCCGGCUCCGCUGGCGCCGGUGAUGAGGAGGCAGAGGAGCUGAUUCGCGGAAGCGGCUACCCAUCUGAUCCCAAAACACAGGCAUUCCUUCGCCAACAGCUGGACCCUGUGUUCGGUUAUCGCGGCAUGGUGCGAUUCUCAUGGGCUACCGUCAAGGUCCUGCUCGAGAAGCAGGGGCACAGUUGCCAGUGGGCCGACGAUGUCUCUCAACCGUCCGCCGCGGCAUACUUUACGGGGGAGGACAAGGGGCGACCGAAGCUCUGGCGCGAUCUUGGCGUCAGCGGCGUGGGUGAGCUGUAG